AUGGAUCAGAAAUCCACUCUCGAAGACAUCCUACGGAGGCAGGCUGCGAAGGGCCAAGAUUUCACAAAACUGUUGAAGAAAGGAAGCCUGGGGAUACGGCCUGGUAAUUUGGUGGGCAAUGAAGGCGAAGAGGACCUCGAGUUCUGGGAGGAUGGCUCCGAAACCGUGCACACGCCGAUCGAGCAGAAAAGAACAAGCCAACCAGUUCCCAAGCAGGGCUCGGUUGGUACGGAGUGA